CCGGCCCGGUGGCGGUCCGGGGCCGGGCUGAGGUGCUGCGGACCGCGGGUGAUGGCGGCGGCAUGAGGCUGAGGUGGAGGCGGGCGGCGGGCUGCUUGGUUUUCCUUUACUGCCUGUUCUCCAUUUACGCCGCUUACGUCGUCUUCGUGCGGGGACCUGGGGCGCACCGGGCGGCGGCGGCCCGGGAACGCAGGAGGGGCAGUUCAGUUCCGUGGCAGACUGAGGAAGAACAAAAGGAGUUGCAACACUUGCAGCAGGACGAUGAGUGGAAUCCAUGGGAAGAAGAUGAGAAAAUGGAGAAUGCUGUACAGCACAGAGCCCAACUGCAGGGAUUUCAGAAACAAAUGUUACGAAACCCACCCAGAAAGAAGGUGGUGCAGAUCUGGGGCAAAGCUGCAAUUGGGCUUUACCUCUGGCAGCAUAUUCUUGGUGGCCCACUUACGCCAAGUGAUGUGACAGCUCACUGGAGAGAAGGGCGACUAAAGGCUGGUAAUUUAUAUUUUAGAUUCUACACCGGACCUGCUGUGAUCCCUGGACACAUCUCUCUAGAUACUGAGAACCUUGUGCUUGUGUUGAAUGGCAGAGAAGAGGGGAAGAUCAAGUUUGCCACCCAGUGGCUGCACUAUGUACAAACACUCCACCAGAUGGACAAGCUCAAGCACACAGCUGUGGUCCUGCUGGGCAGUGAGGAGUGUGAUAACGGCUGGAUUGAGCCCUACCUCAGAAAACAUGGAGGAUUUAUCGACUUAAUCUUUCUGGUGUACGACAGCCCUUGGGUAAAUGAAGUGGAUGUUUACCAGUGGCCAUUGGGAGUGGCAACCUACAGGAACUUCCCCGUUAUGGAUCUCAACAAUCUAAUGUUGCAUUCUUCAAGGCCAUAUUUGUGUAACUUCCUCGGAACUGUCUACAAAGGCUCCUCCAGGGAAACCUUGCUGGAUAUGCUGAAACAGGAAAGAUUCAGUGCCAUGUGUCUUAUCUCGGUCAGAGAACAAUGGCUACCACAGGAAACAAGUGACAGUUUAAGGAAGUAUCAAGAUGCUUUGCUGCAAAGUGACCUCACAUUGUGCCCAGUGGGAAUAAAUACCGAAUGCUACAGAAUUUAUGAGGCUUGCGCUUGUGGUUCUGUUCCAGUUGUUGAAGAUGUCAUGACACCAGGGCAAUGUGGCAACUCGUCAGUACUCCAGAACGCCCCACUCCGCCUCCUGAAGUUAAUGGGUGCACCUUUUAUUUUUGUGAAAGAUUGGAGAGAGUUGCCGGCUAUCUUAGAAAAAGAGAAGGCAAUGAGUCUGCAAGAAAAGAAUCAGAGACGGAGAAUUGUCAUCGAGUGGUUUAAGCAAUUCAGGACUCAGCUGAGAAAAAAAUUUAUUGAUAUCCUUGAAAACAGGUUCUUUUAACAGCUCACUUCUCCAUCCCAAGGUAGUUCAAAGCAUGUUUACUAUUGUAAACUCCGUGCAUGUUCAUUAUUGACAAUGAUAAUAUAUUUUUGAAGUAUAUUUAUAUAAAAGAACUGCACCUGAAAUUGAGACAGUUGCUGUCCUUUGGGUGCAACGUUUCACUGUUCCUUUCAGAUUUAUUUGAAGAUUAAACACCGGUUCUAGAAUCUGUAUCCAAAGGUUGGCCUUUGAUGUAAAAAGCUCACUCCCACUGCCUGUGUCCAUCAAGGAAUUGAUCAUUUGAUUAUUUUUGGCUUCAAGGUUAUUGGAACUUUCAAUAUGGAGAGAUAAGUGUGGAUUGUAAAUUGGUCCACCACAAAAUAAGAGCAUUACAGUGAGCCUAAACUAACUGCAGACUUGAAAUGGCAACACGAAUCAUUUUUGGUACUCUUCUGCAUUACUGAGAUGGUAGCAUUUAUUCCCCUGAGCCGUCAGUACCUUAGAAUCUGUUUUAUUUUACACUGACUCUGCUUCUCAAGCAGUCACCACGGUCACUGGUGUGGCUGGAGGAACAGCAGCAGCUGUAGAAUGGGGAACUUCACUUGAAUCUCACCUUAAACCUGUGCCCUCCAGUGAGAGCAAGAAGAUGUAAAAAGUCAGCAAGAGGGGAAAGAUUUAAAAGGGACCUGAAGGGCAACUUUUUCCUCACAGAGCGUGGUGGGUAUAUUGGAACAAGCUGCCAGAGGAGGCUGUAGAGGUGAGUACAACUAGAACGUAGAACACUACAGCACAGUACAGGCCCUUCGGCCCACAAUGUUGUGCCGACAUUCUAUCCUGCUCUAAGAUCUAUCUAACCCUUCCCUCCCACAUAGCCCCCUAUUUUUCUAUCAUUCAUGGGUCUAUCUAAGAGUCUCUUAAAUGUCCCUAAUGUAUCUGCCCCCACAACCUCUGCUGGCACUACAUUUAAAAAACAUUUAAACAGGUACAUGGAUGGGAAAGGUUUAGAAGGAAAUGAGCCAAAUGGCACUCACUCAGGUAGACAACUUGGUCAGCAGAGACAAGUUGGGACGAAGGGCCUGUUUCUGUGCUGUAUGACUAUGACUCUGACUCUUUGAGGAGUCUUUAGCAAGUAAAAGUAGAUUAUCCUGUGACUAUCAAAUAGCUUUUUGCGGAUAACCUGCUGUGUGCAAAUUGGCCGCUGCAUCUCCUAAAUUGCAACACUUACUACAUAUCAGAAAGUACUUCAUUAACUUUAAAGUUGUGAAUUGUAAAAGACACUAUAUAAAUGCAAAUCUUGAUCUCUCUCUUACUCAGCUCAAGGGGUCUAUAAAUCUGCAAUUACCUGUGUACCAAGAAGCUGCACUUUCCCCAGAGAGGGUUCACAAGAACCGCGUGGUCUUUAAAACCAAAUCUGAAGUGUCCGCUUCCCUUUGCCGUUGGAUUCCUUCCACCCUUUAACUGAAUGACUUCAGGCUCAUGCCAGGUUGCAACAGCUGCCUUCAGUCACAUAUUGCUGUGCAGUCCAUGCCUACAUUGAGACAAUGAUUUCAUUACAUUUUCUCCAGGUGCCAGCCCUCAGCAGGAAAGGGCUGUGGACUUUGCUGCAUUUGGAGUUUCCUGCAAGUAUAGAGUGUCACUAUGUACAUGCAUCACCACGCCAGUCAGGCAGCAGCCUUUUAUAUCUGCAAGCCUACUGCUCCGGUCGUCUGUAGCCGGUGACUUAUCACCUCCAUUGAAUCGUACUGCCUGCCCGUAAAUUCUUGGCAGCUAUCAAGAUGCAGUAAUUGGAUAUGUCCACUACCAACUCUCCAUCACCCUAUCUUUUAGCCUGGUUCAGCCUGUCAUUGGGGUGAGAGCUACCUUCAGCACACAUGGCUUACAGCACCAGUACAGAAGUCGUAGAGUCAUGACACUCUCAACACUAUGGGACCACAAGAGUCUUCGUAGAGGGCAAGACUAAGCUCUUCCUACAACAUUUUUGCUAUCUGGACAAGUCGCGUCGGAUGGUGAAGGCCUGAACGACAGAGGAGAGCAGUGGCAGCCUACAGUCAGAAUGUGCUGUGAGCAGGUGCUUGGCCAGACUGCAGCUAGUCUACUCUAUACCCUGGCCUUAUUCCUCCUAACGCCACAUUAACACAGCUUAUUACCUCCACGAUCAGGUUGUCCCACCCUGCCAUAAAGAUGGUCUGACCUCUGAUCAACUUUCAUGUGCAGGACAUGUAAUAUUGAAAGUUUGCAACUUGUUAUGGUACUAUAUUACUGCUGAAGCUGAAAUAUCAUUUUGUACUUGCCUAAGACAAGAUCCUUCACUUUAUUUAUGUCACAAGUAUUAGCCCAUGGUACUUGCCUAUCCUAACUCCACUGUAGUAUGUAGUUCCAGUAGCUUUUGCCUGAUUAGUGAAUGAAUACUGGAAGUCCCAUGAGGAGGGCAUCAGUCAGGGCUGAGUGUAGGAGUUGGGACAUUAUGUUACAGUUGUAUAAGUCAUUGGUGAGGCCCCACUUGGAAUACCAUGUAGGGUUUUGGUCACCCUGUUAUAGGAAAGACGUGGUUAAACUGGAAAGAGUGCAGAGAAGAUUUAUGAGGAUGUUGCCAGGACUAGAGGGCCUGAGUUAUAGGGAGAGGUUGGCCAGGCUAGGUCUUUAUUCCUUGGAACAUAGGAGAAUGAAGGGUGACCUUACCGAAAUGUUUCAAAUUAUGAGAGGCAUAGAUAAGGUGGAUGGUAACAGUCUUUUCCCCAGGGUAGGGGAGCCUAAAACUAGGGAGCAUAGACUUAGGGAGAGAGGGGAAAGAUUUAAUAGGGGCCUGAGGGGCAUCUUUUUCCACGCAGAGGGUGGUGAGUAUAUGGAAUGAGCUGCCAGAGGAAGUGGUUGAGGCAGGUGCAAUAGUAUCAUUGCAGAAGCACUUGGAGGGGCAGGGCUUAGAGGGAUAUGAGGCCGAACACAGGAAAUUGGGACUAGCUAGGUGGACACUGUGGCUGGCAUGGAUUUGUUGGGCCGAAGGGCCUGUAUCUGUGCUGUAUUUCUCUAUGACUCUUAUUUGAAACAUUCAAAGUUGGCUUCCUCUACAAACUCAAGCCUGUCAGCUGUGCUGGCCACUCUAACUCAGGCGAGCUUCUGGCAUCAUUGCGGUCAUUGCCCGAGGGAGCAGCAAGCUUGCAGUGUGUGCUCCUGUCCCGUGAGGCAGCAGCUUUCCACUGGCUGGAGAUGAGCUUUGGACAAAGAAAGGUGGCUGCAGUUGUUGGAGGUCUGUCUGUUGCUUCAGGACCCAUCCAUCAUCAGCUGCUUCAACAAAGACUUUCCCUCCAGAAUGACAUCAGAAUUGGGGGGUGAUCACUGAUGUAAAUGAAGCUUAGAGAACAUUCAGGCACAGGUUUAUGAGUCUCAAGUAACAUUUCUGCCAUACAAGAGGCAGUGAAUGAUCUACAAAGAAGAGACUAACCAACUCCCCUUGUCAGUUAAGAGCAUUAUCAUUGCCAAAUCCAUCAUCAACGUAGGGUAAUCUACUGCGAUUCCUAGGAAGAGAGAGAGGUCCUCUAGAUAGGGUCAAUGUUCACUGGAGUUUAGAAAAACUGGAGGUAUCUAAAUGUUUCUCCUGUUUCCUUAUGACAUAGAACGAUGCCAUUUGCUUAUUGAGUCUAUAGAAAAAUUUCUGUGGAGAAUCAACUCCCCCCCACCCACCUACAACAGGGCUAAUUUACAGUCGCCAGCUAACCUACCAACCAGCUCCUCUUUGGCACGUGGGAGGAAACAGAAACAUCUGGGGUAGAAGGUGCAAACUCCACACAAACGGAACUCGAGUCGGGUACCAACUCACUGUCCCAUUUCCCUCCAUGGGUGAACGUUUAAAUAUUCAAUUACUCGUCACAUCAUGUACAGAAUGUGAAGAACAAGGAAAUUAGGAUUAACACUGGUAUAAAAAAAUGAGUGAUUAAAGAAAAAAAUUUUGGAAAACAAAAUCUGGAGACAUAAUAAGACUGCAGAUGCUGGAAUCUGGGGCAAAAAAUAAGUAGCCGGAGGAACUCAGUGGGUCAGGCAGCAUCUGUGGUGAGAAAGGAAUAGUCAACGUGGACCGUCCAUCGAGGUUAAUUGCAGGUCUCGACCCGAAAUGUAGACUAUCACCUUUGCUGCCACAGAUGCUGACUGACACGCUGAGUUCCUCUCGCAUUUUUUUUGAAUGAAGAAAGAUCUUUUUGAAUCUCCAAGAAUAAUUUAAAAUGAAGUACUUUCCAUUGGCCAAGCCCUGGCUUUUUCAGGCAUGUUUAGGGGUAUGUAGUGGGUAAGUAAUUAAAGUUCAUGUCCUUUGGUCUGUUUGAAUGCAAUGGUAGUGGUAUAACAGAGGGGAACAAUGAUUUCUGUGUUUAACUGCGGGAAUGUCUUUGCCAGAGGUUGCUGUCUGAGUUACUCUUUAAUAUCAGUGAAUGCAGGAAAGCUUCAUUGUUAAUUCUUGCAUGUAACCAGGCCACAAAAUUCAUACUAUGUUUCCAACAAAACAAUUCUAAAGUACCACUCAAGGCAUCUGGGGAAGGCUAAUUUAACCAAUCACAAGAAAGGAUGGCGGGGCUUCAUACAGACAAAUAAUCUUACCGCAGUUUGUGUUUAAAAAUGUGUUUUAUCCAAUUCCUUGGAGAGGUAAUUGGGACUGAACUUGGAGAAAUUGUACACGUUCUAUUUUAGAAACUGUUCAAAUUAUAGCUGCAGUUUACAUUAGAGCAUUCUGUCACUUUGAAGUACAGUUUGGUUUGAUAUUGGAGCCAUUUCAAGUUAUUGUGAACCUCUGAAUUAAAUCAUGUGGGGUCAGAUUAGAUUAAAGCAGGAGAGAUCGCCAAAUUGUUCAUUUGUGUAAGUGAAACAGAUCUCGCCAGACUUCAGUGCACUAGUAACUGCCUGCAAUAAUUGGAUUCCUGCAUCUAAUAUUAAUCUUAUCAUCAGUGAGGUAAAUGCUCCCUUUCUUAAAUGGUAUGAGCAAUUUAUGAGCACUCUUUUUUUCAUUAAAUAUUCAUAGAAUAGCUCGAGACUAUCUUAAUGUUAUAUGUUUCUGUUCUCUUAAAUUAUACAAAGGACAAACCAGAAUUUAAAAAGUUAUUUAGGAACAGGAAGGAGUCAAAAAGCCCCGAGGUUUUUUAUCUCUCAAUAUCCAUGGCAAGUAUCUAGAUAUCUCAAUUUUAAAAUUAUUCAGUGAGCUUGCAUUUUGCAAUAUGAAAUCCUGUGCUUUCACCAGCAUUCUUGUACAUGCCUUUUAUUACUAACCUUUGUUAAUUAUCGUCUGCCAACUGAUUACUUAUAGUUUUAUCUCUGGUAUUUUUGUGUCUCUUUGGACAUUUUUUUCUACAUUAGUUUUGUCUUAGGCUCAUCCUGUUACUGCAGCAUAAAAUUCCAUUGGUUAUUUACCUUGUACUUCUUGGACAAGAAAAUAGGAGCAGGGAUAGGCCACUCGGCCCCUUCAAUCCUGUCCUGCCAUUGAAAAAAUGAGCAUGGCUAAUCUGCCCCAGACCUGUGCCAGUUCCCCAUGGCCCUCAAUUCCCCAACCUUUCAGACAUUUAUCUACUCUUUAAAUCCCUCCAGUGAAAUACAUCCCUCCCGGGUAGAGAAUUCUAGAGAUUCAUCACCUAAGAGGAAAUUCUUAGGCACCUCAGUUUUAAAUGUAAAACCUUAUGGUCUUGUAUCCCAUUCAACAUCAGGCAUUUUGUCCUUAACAGUAUUAAGUUCACUCUUUUACAAGAGGGAAAAUGCUUCUGAAAGUUAUUCAAGAUGACCACUUUCAAUCAAUAGUCCUUAAUCAAUAUGUUAGCUUCAGCUUAAUCAUCGAUGUUUUGCUUUCAGUUAAAGACAUCAACAAAGGUCGUGGUGGGAAAGUGAGUGAUGUGAGGAGGACAGAGAAUGUGUUUGGGUAAAUCAUUCAUUUCUUUUAAUGGUGAAGUGGAGAACUAUAGUGGGAAAUGGUGUAUAAUUUGCCAACUGCAAUAAUGCAAAGUUUCUGCUGUGAGUGAUUCAUUCAGCACAUUUAAGUCUUUGAGGCCAAAUUUCUAUUCUUUCUGGUUAUUCUGAGAAUAAUUAAAUUCUUCAAAGUACAAUUAGCUCUUCCCAUGGGAUGAAAUGCACUUUGUGUCCGUGUAUUUGUGCACUCUGCAUUGUUUUGAUGAUCACAUUUUGACCAAGAUGAUGACAAUUGCAGAACCGUUGUAUGGAUUACAGAUGGCCAGGUCACAGUGGUGUUCUUUACUGAAUUGGUUAAAACGGACAUUUACAUUGUCAUACAACAAGUAGGCCAUUGAAAUAAUAUCAGCUAGUAAGUUUGAUUGAGAAAUCCAUUUCAGACUCAACACCACACUGCUGGCCUAAAUGUAUCUAUAAAAAGAAAUUACUCAUAUUUAAAUAACACCUUUCAUGAUCUCAUCUUGUGUCAAAAGUAUUUUGCAGAGGUCACUCAUGUAAUGGAGGAAAUACAGCAGCUAAGCUGCACACAGCAAACUCCCACAAAUGGCAGAAUGAUAAUCACCAGAUAAUCGGUCUGAAAGAUAGAAUCAUAGAGUCAUACAGCACAGAAGUGGGCCCUUCGGCCCAACUUGUCCAUGCCGACCAAGAUGCCCACCUAAGCUGGUCCCAUUUGCCUGCGUUUGGCCCAUAUCCCUGACCCUACACUCACCUCUGGAGCAUCCAGACAGUAAAGACACCUACGUUAGACUAUUGUUUAUUAAUUACAGCUCCACCUUCAAUACUAUAAUCCCAAGCAAACUCAUCUCCAAAUUCCUAGACCUGGGACUCAACACCUUGCUUUGCAGCUGGAUCCUUGACUUCCUGACCAACAGACCACAGUCAGUAAGGAUAGCAAUAUCUUCAUGUCGAAGUAUUAAUACUGUCCACAAACCUGGGCAUAAAUCACUGCUUUUCUUCAAAAUGAAACCAUGUAUUUACUGAAUAUAUUUAAUAUUUUAAAAAAAUCAUUCCUAGGCCCUUAUAAACUUAACGUGUCCACUGUUUCCAAAACAUGUAUAUAAUCCGAUUACAUUAUUCCUAUUCAUAAAAAUGCUAUUGUUCCUCUUUCUGCACAUCACAUUUUUGUCCUCUGGUAACAUAAGCAGCUUGUUUUCAGACACACUUUAUUCUGUAGUAACUUUUUAGUCUGUGAGGCAGUACACGAAGUUUUGGUACCUUGAAUGAACCAUGCAGUUUCAAAGCAAGAAAGGGCAUUUGUUUUUUUUCCCCCC